GACGAAGACAGAACCGAAGCCGGGCACGGGCAGUGGACGGGGUUCCGUCGAGAGCCGAAGAUGGCAGUGAAUGUACAUUCACCAUCGGUCACCAGCGAUAACCUGAGUCGACAUGACAUGCUGGCCUGGAUUAAUGAGUCACUGCAGUUGAAUCUGACGAAGAUAGAGCAGUUGUGCUCAGGAGCUGCCUAUUGUCAGUUUACAGACAUGCUGUUCCCUGGCUCCAUUGCCUUGAAGAAAGUGAAAUUCCAAGCUAAACUAGAACAUGAAUACGUCCAGAACUUCAAAAUACUGCAAGCAGGUUUUAAGAGAAUGGGUGUUGACAAAAUAAUUCCUGUGGGCAAAUUAGUAAAAGGAAAGUUUCAGGACAAUUUUGAAUUCUUUCAGUGGUUUAAGAAGUAUUUUGAUGCAAACUAUGAUGGAAAAGACUAUGACCCUGUAGCUGCCAGACAAGGUCAAGAAACUGCAGUGGCUCCCUCCCGUGCUGGUCCAGCUCUGAACAAACUGAAGAAACCUCUCAGCUCCAGCAGUGCAGCUCCGCAGAGGCCCAUGGCAACACACAGAACCACUGCAACCCCUAAGGCUGGCCCACGUGUGGUGCGCAAGAAUCCUGGUGUGGGCGAUGGGGAUGGUGAAGCCGCGGAACCGAUGCAGCAGGUUAACGUAUUGAAACUUACCGUGGAAGACUUGGAGAAAGAAAGAGACUUCUACUUUGGAAAGCUAAGGAACAUUGAAUUGGUUUGCCAGGAGAAUGAGGGGGAAAAUAACUCUGUAUUGCAGAGGAUUGUGGGCAUUCUCUAUGCCACAGGUAAAGGCUUUGUGAUUCCUGAUGAAGGGGGACCACAGGAGGAACGAGAAGAGUAUUAAAAGCCUGGACCAGCAGAGCAGCAUCUGAAUUCUUCACUCCAAAUCAUGUGCUUAACUGUAAAAUACUCCCUUUUAUUAUUCUUAGAG